UCUCUUCACAUACUGAGUUCCUUGUCAGCAAUAAUUCCGACAUGGCCGAUUCCGCCGCGUCCCCCUCCAUUGAGGUGCAAAACCUCUCCUAUAAGUUCCAAGACGGCUCGGACGGGCUGGAAAACGUCAUACUAAGCCUUCCACCAGGUAGCCGGACGCUCCUUAUUGGCGCAAACGGAGCGGGAAAGACCACACUGCUUCGUCUGGUGUCGGGCAAACGCUUGGCACCUACCAACACCAUCACGGUGGGCGGCAAGGAUCCCUUCAAAGACGGCCUUGAAGGAGUUACUUACCUCGGUGUGGAAUGGGUGCUCAACGCUAUUGUUCGCACCGACAUCGAUGUCCCCACACUGCUCGCCUCGGUGGGCGGAAAUGCCUACCCGGAGCGACGUGACGAGCUUGUUGAUAUACUCGACAUUGAUCUACGCUGGCGCAUGCACGCCGUGUCAGAUGGUGAACGCCGUCGUGUUCAGCUAGCCAUGGGCCUGUUGCGCCCUUGGAAGGUUCUCCUUUUGGAUGAAAUCACCGUGGACCUCGAUCUGCUUUCCCGAAGCAACUUCCUCGCUUUCCUGAAGCGGGAGACUGAGACACGACCUUGCACUAUUGUCUAUGCUACCCAUAUUCUCGACAACCUGGCACAGUGGCCCAGCCACUUGGUGCACAUGCAUUUGGGUAAAGUCAAGGCCUUCGGAACUGUGGAAACGUUCCACGAUCAAGUUCCAGAGUGGACAUCUGAGAACAGUCGUCUCGGAGAAUUGGUUCUCAAAUGGCUCAAGGAGGAUCUUGCCGUUAGAGGACCUCGUAAUGGCGUGGCGACCCAGGCCAAAACUUACGAUGCCGGCGGCAUCGGGGGUUACGGCUACGAGAAGCACGACUAA